CGCUGAAUGAAAAUAUUGACACACAUAUAGCCUUUGCCUACAAAAGAAACCUGUACUCUCCUCUCUUCACACAUCGACGGCCUCCUCUACCACGACAGCCUUCACAACGUCUUCCUCCACCGGCCUCCUCCAUCGACGUCACACCUGCUCCACCUCGGCUCCACAGCCGCCACCGUCUCCUCCUCCACAUCGCCACCGUCUCCUUUGCACCUCUACAACGCCGCCGCCUCCUCUGCCUCCUUCACAGCGACGCCGUCGCCGCCAGUCUCCUCUCCUCCUCUGCUCCUCCACAGCGCCGCCGCCGGCCUCCUCCACACUGCCACCGUUCAUCACGUUUGCAACAGAUACAAAGGUCUAAAGAAGGAUGUACACUGUUUUAACUUCUGAGUUGUGAUUAGAGAAGCCGCUGGAAAGUGAAUAGGGGCGUAGAGUUUAGAAUUGGUUAUUUUGUUCGGUCGGUGGAGAUAUAGAACAUGGUGGCGGCCGGGGCGGCUUCGUUUAGAUGGAUACUGCAACUGCACAAAGAUGUACCGAAAGCUGCUAGGUUCUACAAAGAAGGACUUGAUUUCAGUAUAAAUGUGUGUACUCUGCGGUGGGCUGAACUCGAGUCUGGCCCUCUCAAGCUCGCUCUCAUGCAUUCUUCUAGUGACAUUGCAGUCCAAAAGGGAUACUCGUCAAUGUUGUCGUUCACUGUGCCUGACAUCAACAAUAGCGUGACUAAACUCAUGGCUUUAGGUGCAGAGAUGGACGGGCCUAUUAAAUAUGAGGUCCAUGGAAAGGUUGCUGCAUUGAGGUGUAUUGAUGGUCACAUGUUGGGUCUUUACGAGCCUGCUUGAAAACCUACAUUGCAACCCAAAAGUAAGCAAUUUUAGACUAUUCAACUAGACCAAAUUCUGCAGCAAAAUACGUACAUGACAAGGUACCGGUAAAAGUAUUUUGCCAUUUCUGCUAUGGGGGAAGGUGUUACAAGUUUAGAUGUUUAAAAGAUCAAGGUUGAUGUUCUAAAUAUGACUUCGCCAUUCAUAUUCAUACCUUAAGCUUUUGAUUAAUGUUUUGUCUACAUUUUCUUUUCAUAGUGUUUGGUCACUUGAACUUUCCAAAUAAAAAAGAAUGCCUUAAUGGUGACUUGUAUCCGCAAUAUAAGUUAUGCUACUCGACUUACGCCACUAAUGAUAGAGCUUCGUUUUUGGCU